AAGAGUAAAAUUAGGGUUUCAUACACAAUUUCACGCAAUCACCAAUUCACCUUCUCAACUUCUCUCACUUCUCGCGGUUCUCUCACGCAGUCACAACUCACAAUUCGCCGGCGCCGCUCUCCUUUUCUGAGAUAUCAGCAAUCAUGGAGGAAGGAGAUAGUACUGCCGGGUCCAAGUCUUUUUCAUUCUCCCCAUCUCCGUCGUCUCCUGAAAUCUCAAUUCUAAACCCACUGGCUUUUCAAAACUCACUGCCUUUUCAAAACUCACUGCCUUUUCAAAACUCACUGCCUUUUCAAAAUCCACUCCCUUUUCAUCCUACUAAUACUACUCAAACUCAACAAGCUGAGAUGCCUGAGAACAACUUUCAAGAGUUCGGGCAGGGGGAAGGAGAAAUGGGGCCGCCACCUCCACGUCCUAGGAGACUGAAAUCAGAUGUGUGGAAUCACUUUGAGAAGAUAAUAAUCAAUGGUGAACAAAAGGCUAGAUGUUUGCACUGUAAGCAUCUAUUUUCAGGAAAUAACAAGAAUGAAACCUCUCAUUUGAAAGAUCAUCUGAAUCUAAGAUGCACUCAUAAACACAUGAGGGUUGAUGUACGUCAAAAGUUGCUAUCAGUUAAUCGUAGGCAAGAUUCAAGUGUAAGGUUGGAAAACCAUGUCUUUAAUCAAGAGGAAUCCAGAAAGGAUAUGGCUCACAUGGUUAUUCUCCAUGAGUACCCAUUGUCAAUUGUAGAACAUGUUGAGUUCAAGAGGUUUAUUAAUGGCUUGAAUCCAAACUUCAAGAAAAAAAGGCGUAAUACUUUGAAAAGUGAUAUUCUGAAGAUGUUUGUGAAUGAGAAAGCAAAUCUCAAGAAGAUGUUUGAUGGUCAUGCGGGAAGAGUAGCCAUUACAACUGAUAUGUGGACUGCUUCACACCAGAAGAAAGGUUAUAUGGCUGUCACAUCACAUUUCAUCGAUAGUCAAUGGGUUUUGCGGAACAAAACUUUGAGGUUUGUUUACGUUCCUUGUCCACACACUACCAAUAUGCUUCUCAAGUUCUAGUGGAUACCUUGAAUGUGUACAAUACAGCUGAGAAAAUCUCUUAUGUGGUUCUUGAUAAUUGUUCCACAAAUGAUGCCAUGGUUGAUAUUUUGCACGAAAAGUUUGUGAGAUUAAAAUAGCUUUGCGUUUGUGGAAAAACAGCAAUGAGCAAGUUGUUAGGGACAUGGCUGAAAAAAUGGUUGAAAAAUUUGAUAAAUAUUGGUCAAAUAUCAAUGGAAUAUUGGUUGUUGCUGCAAUUUUAGAUCCUAGAAAUAAGUUGGAAUGUGUGGAGUUUUAUUUUAAUGAAAUAUUUGGUGAUGAAGCUAGUAUUGAGGUGGAAAGAGUAAAGAGUUUGUUGUAUGAAUUGGUUCAUGAGUACCAUGAGAAAUCUGAAAGAGAAGAAAUUUUUUCUCCUACUUCUACUGCUUCUGGUUCCACUGUACUUGGGAAGCGACCUUUGGAUUCCAAUUCUUCUACUAAUGGAGAUGAGAUGGAUAAGUGGACGUUGAUAAAGAAGAAUAAGAAAAGAAGGCCAAUGUGCGGUGUGAGUUAGAUCACUAUCUCGAAGAUGAUGCAUUACCAGAGAGUAGUGAGUUUGAUGUCCUUAAUUUCUGGAAAACUGAUUUGAAGUAUCCUACUCUAAGAAAAAUUGCUAAGGAUAUUUUAGCAAUACCUGCAUCGACGGUAGCUUCUGAAAGUGCUUUUAGCAUGGGCGGUAGGGUAGUGAGUCCUCAACGUUCAAGCCUUCACAAUGAUACAGUGGAAGCACUUAUCUGCAUGCAAAAUUGGCUACUUGGAGAGUAUUCAGAGUGUUCAUUUGUCAAUGCACAAGCAUAUGGUUCUGUCUUAGAUGAUGCGGACGGGGGAAGCGAGGGAAGCCCUAAAAGUGAUGUUAUUGAUGUUAAUUCGGACGGAGAGGACAUGGAUAUGUGAUUUGAAGACUUUGUAGGAUUCAUGGAUGCUGAUGUAUGCUGAGUUCUUAAUAUGUAAUCUUUUUUAUGCGUUCCUAGUUUAAAACUCUAUGUAUUACAAUAUAUAAUACUGUUGAAAGUUCCAUUAUUUAGAUUAUUUGGGAUGA